CAACCUUCCUCCUAUCCCUGGCAGGCAUCUAUACAGGAUUCUACUGGUUUUCAUUUCUGCAGCGGAUCCCUCAUCAACAUAUACUGGGUGCUGACCGCUGCUCACUGUAACGUCAGAACAUCCACCCGUGUUGUCCUGGGCGCACAGUACCUCUCGUCUAAUGCUCAGAGUAUUCAGACCUUGCCAGUCGCAAAGGUUUUCACAUUCCCUUCCUACAAUCCAUCCACCCUCAGCCAGGACAUCGCCCUGACCAAGUUGGCCUCACCUGCCCAGCUCAGCAGCAAUGUGUCUCCUGUCUGUUUGCCAGAGACUAGCGACAACUUCCCAGUUGGCACGUCAUGUGUCACAUCUGGUCGGUACCAGAUACAGUGGUAA